AUGACGGAGUUCCCAGAGGCCAUAUCUACAUACUUUGCCUCCCCCAACACCGAUAAUGAUGCCGCAUCAAUCUGGUCGGACACCGCAAUAAUUUUCAUCACCGACGUGUUGGGCAUUUACAUCAAUGCGAAACUACAAGCAGAUCUCUUUGCACAGACAUUCAAAUGCACCGUCGUCAUGCCGGAUCUCUUCAAUGGAGGCGCCAUCCCGGCGGACGCGUUCGAUAAAGGACCCGUUGAUUUGAAAUCUUUUUUGGAAAGGCAUACUGUGGAUACUGUCGAUCCUAUCAUUGAAAAGACAAUCAAAUAUCUGCAAGAAGACAAAAAAAUACAGAAGAUUGGCGCUGUUGGUUAUUGUUUUGGUGGGAAGUAUGUCGUUCGCUUCUUAGCAGAGGGACGCACUUCUGUUUUCAAGGCAGGAUACAUUGCCCACCCCUCGUUUGUCACCGAAGAUGAACUGGCAGCUAUCAAAAAGCCCUUGGCAAUAAGUGCUUGUGAAACCGACGCCAUCUUCACAAGAGAUCUGCGGUACAAAUCCGAGCACAUCCUGUCCAAGACAGGCCAGCCAUACCAGAUGAAUCUGUUCAGUGGAGUGUCUCACGGCUUCGCUGUAAAGAGUGAAUUGACGUCUCGACACGAGAAAUGGUGCAAGGAACAGGCAUUUGCACAGGCGGUGACCUGGUUCAAGGAAUACCUGUAA